UCAGUAACAAAUUAAAUAUAAGUCAAUAGUUGUUUCAUAAGCUCGGCCAUGGAUUUUGGAUUUUUUGAUUAGUGUUACGAUUUUUGUUAAUUUGAAUAAGAAAAUACAUAAUAUUAUUGUUUACAUUUGCGAUUAAUAUAUAUUUAUAUAUAACUACAAUUUGUGUUGACUUUAAACGUUUGUUAUAUAUUCAAAACAUUUUAGUUUAAUCGAUUAAAAAUGUCAAAUUUUCCGCCAACUCCAACCAACCCAAUUGUGCAGAACAGAUUUGGACAGUAUCCUAAUCAAAAUUAUCCAAUGGCACAGAGACCAAGUAUGUACCAACAAGGAGGGCCAAUACCACAAGGGGUGCCACCUAAUGCUCUGAUGGGGGCCCGUGGACCACCUAAUCAAGGAUUCAGUCCUAUGAGACACGCUAGUGGACCUAUGGCGCCAAGUCAACAAACACCAGGGAAACGACCAGCCGAUACCCGAAACCAAUCUCCUAUGGCCAAAGGCGAUUUUCCACACACUAUGCAAGUACAAAGUGGAAUGAUAAGUAAAAAGAAAAAGAAAUUAGCAGACAAGAUAUUGCCCCAGAAAGUACGUGAUCUUGUGCCAGAGUCACAGGCGUAUAUGGAUUUAUUGGCUUUUGAAAGGAAACUUGACUCGACUAUAAUGAGAAAACGACUGGACAUACAAGAAGCAUUAAAACGUCCGAUGAAACAAAAAAGAAAGCUUCGUAUAUUUAUAUCAAACACUUUUUAUCCAGCAAAAGAGCCGGGUGAAAACGAAGAAGGCAGUGUCGCUUCAUGGGAGUUGCGGGUGGAAGGACGCUUGCUCGAAGAUUCUAAAAAUGAGCCAAAUAAAAUUAAAAGAAAAUUUUCAUCUUUUUUCAAAUCGCUUGUUAUUGAGCUCGAUAAAGAUUUGUACGGGCCUGACAAUCAUUUAGUAGAAUGGCAUCGUACUGCAACUACUCAAGAAACUGAUGGAUUUCAAGUAAAACGUCCUGGAGACAAGAAUGUACGCUGCACAAUUUUGCUAUUACUCGAUUAUCAACCUCUUCAAUUCAAAUUGGACCAACGGUUAGCAAGACUUUUAGGUGUUCACACUCAGACUCGACCAGUAAUUAUAAGUGCACUGUGGCAAUUUAUAAAAACUCAUAAACUACAAGAUUCACAUGAAAAAGAGUACAUCAAUUGUGACAAAUACUUGGAACAGAUAUUCAACUGUACGCGGAUGAAAUUUGCUGAAGUACCUCAAAGACUUAACACAUUACUUCAUCCGCCAGAUCCUAUUGUAAUCAAUCAUAUUAUCAGCGUUGAGGGAGUCGAACAAAAACAGACAGCGUGUUAUGAUAUUGAUGUUGAAGUAGACGAUACUUUAAAAGCUCAAAUGAAUAAUUUCUUAUUGUCAACAGCUAGUCAGCAAGAAAUUCAGAGUCUCGAUAAUAAAAUCCAUGAAACUGUAGAAACUAUUAACCAGCUGAAGACAAACAGAGAGUUCUUUUUAAGCUUUGCUAAAGAUCCUCAGCAGUUCAUAUACAAAUGGAUAAUAUCGCAAACUAGAGAUUUGAAGACAAUGACAGAUGUUGUUGGAAACCCGGAAGAAGAACGAAGGGCUGAAUUUUAUUAUCAACCUUGGACGCAAGAGGCUGUCAAUCGUUAUUUUUAUUCAAAAGUCCAACAAAAACGUGCUGAACUGGAGCAUCAAUUAGGUAUUCGUAAUUCAUAAGCCAGUUUUUUUAUUUUUGUACAUUUUUAUUUUAUGAAAAAAAAACUGCUUUACAAAUUAAAAGUAAUGAUAGUAAUAUUAUCAAAUAUUUGAACUUAUAUGCUAUUGUUUACUUAAAAUAUUAAUUUGUACAUUUAACUUUAGACUAUCUUUUUCUAACGUCUAUAGUGUUUUAACUUAAACAAAAUUUAUGUUUAAAAUUUUACAACUUGUAGUUAUUAGAUUAUUACUUAUAAUUAGAAUAAAAACAACUGCAUCGUGUAUAUCGGGAUUAUAACAAUAA